UAAUUUAUGGAGACUGGGAAGAAGACUCGAUGAUCAUUUAGUAAGAAAGAAUCAAAUAACUAUCCUCGAGAUCAUUUAUUAAGCAAGAAUCAUAACACAAACAAGACUUGAUCAUGGCGGCUUCUUCUUCUGAUAUGGGAUUGAGGUCAACACGACCUCAAGUGUUCGUUAAUUUCCGGGGAGAAGAGCUACGCAGAGGCUUCAUCAGCUUCCUCGAGCCAGCCUUGAAAAACGAAUAUAUAAACGUUUUCAUAGACGUACUGGAGCUGAGAGGCAGGGAUCUACAGAAUCUGUUUGUGAGGAUCAAAGAGUCCAAAAUCGCGCUGGUGAUCUUCUCCAAGGACUACACCAAUUCAGAAUGGUGCUUGGACGAGCUAGCAAAGAUCAAAGAAUGCAUGGAUCUAGGCAAUCUUGAAGUGAUUCCCAUCUUCUAUAAGGUAGAACCUUCCGUAGUGAAACAUCUUCAGGGCUACUUUGGAGAAAAUUUCAUGAAUCUAAAGAGCAGAUAUAAAAACGAUCCGGAAAGAACCCGGAAAUGGGAGGAAGCAUUAGCAUCUGUUCCCCAAAAGUUUGGUUUGACUUUUCCAGAAUACAGUGACAGGACAGAGAGAGAAUUCAUAAAGUCAAUAGUCGUGGAGGUUAAGAGAGUGCUGGAAUAUAUCGGAGGAAAUUCAAAUCAGAGAGGACAGACCGAGGCAACUCAAAUACCACAGCCUGACGUAAAUCGCCAGCGUGCCGUGUUCAAUGUAAGGCAACUCAAAAUAAGCGGUUCGCACAAUGCCAGAUAUUGGACCUUCGAGUCUAUAUCCGAGCCACCCAAGUAAGAUGAGGUGGCCAUUGAAGUUGCAAAGAUGAAAAGAUGUUAUUAUCUAGAAGUGUGCGGAAAGUUCGACACCAAAGAAUUGAUAUACGGGACAAGAUACGAGGUGGUCUUUGUGGUGAAAGUAGAGGAAACAAUGACUAGAUGGGACAAUCCGGCAACAGCGCAACUAAUGGUGCCCGAUAACGGCCUGCAAGAGCGGGAAUUUCAAUUUAUUGAUCUCGUAAGAAAUGAGUGGAUUGAUAUCCAGGCCGGCGUUUUCGAUGCACAGCUGCAUAAAGAGAAGAUCGCUUUCUAUUUGUAUCAACACCAGUCUAACAUUCGGAUGACAGGGCUUCUAGUUAAAGGUGCUAUAAUUCGUCCCAUGGAGUAA